UCUAGGUCAUUGUCUUUGGUAUUGUUAUUGUACCCUCUCUGAUCUCUUUCUCUUUCUUUAUUUCUUUCUUUCUCCACCCCUCACUCUUCCUUUGUGUGGUCCUUUUGUUUUUCCUUCUCUUUAUAUCUCUCUUAUCACUUUCUCCAUUUUUGCAUACCUAGCUUGCAUCCCAACACUGCUAUAAUCAUAGCCUUUCUCUCCCUCCUUCUCCAUAUUAUAUAGCCUCUCUUUUAUUUGUUACUUUCCAAAACCAAAACCCAUUUUCGUUGCUUUCUUUAUUCCCUCACUUCUCCACCCCCAUCCCCAUCUUCUUUUAAUUUGUUUAAUUUGCACACUCACUCUCCUUAGUUUGCAUAGUAAACUCAACUGAAGCUAUAACAUCAAGAUUACUAUAGAAAAUUAAUUGCACCAAUUAAGCUCUACCUAGCUAGGGAAAUGUCUAGCAGAAGGUCCAGGCAGCAAUCUUCGUCAACAAGGAUCUCUGAUGACCAAAUCAUCGACCUUGUUUCCAAGUUGCGCCAACUUGUUCCUGAGAUUCGUGAUAGGCGUUCUGAUAAGGUAUCAGCAUCCAAGGUCCUACAAGAGACCUGUAACUACAUCAGAAGCUUACACAGAGAAGUGGAUGAUUUGAGCGAACGACUGUCUCAGUUGUUGGCCACAAUUGAUGCUGAUAGUCCUGAAGCUGCUAUCAUUAGGAGCCUAAUUAACUAAUAUUAAUGAGCGAGUAAUAAUCUAAUUUAUUUCCUAUGUUCAAGGAGAUAUAUAAGAGUGUAUUUCUUCAUCUUAAUUAAUUAAUUAGGUGGCAUAGAGUGCAGUUUGAGGUGCCUCCUUCCAAUAUAGUAUAUGGCAGGAAUGGUGCACUUGUAAGUUAAAGGUUUUGUAAUAAAGAUUAUUAAGGACUUUGUACUAUGGUUAUAGUGCUAUAUAUUAAUAUAUGCAUGCCACAUUUAUAGAUGGCCAAAA